AUGGCGGCCCCCACGAUAAGCUGCGGCCGCGGUUGGUUUCGGGCUCGGAGCUUCAGCUUCGGGGGUGUCGCUGAGCUGCGAUGCCGGAAAAGCCUGGCGCUCACGAGCACGCCGUGUAGGAGCGCAAGCAGGACUGCCGCGAAGCAGAACCGGGAUGUUCCCUGGACAGCAGUGGUGGGCCUGGAAAUUCAUGCACAAAUCUGCUCCAACUCAAAGCUCUUCUCAGGUUCACAAGUCCAGUUUGCAGCUCCACCUAAUUCUCUAGUAUCGUUCUUCGAUGCUUCUCUACCAGGAACCCUACCAGUUCUCAACAGGAGAUGCGUGGAAGCAGCAGUGACAACCGGCCUUGCUCUGAACUGCACCAUAAACAAGAAGUCCUUGUUUGACAGGAAACACUAUUUCUAUGCAGAUCUGCCCGCUGGCUACCAGAUAACUCAGCAAAGGCUUCCCAUUGCUGUGAACGGGAGUCUGUCAUACAGUCUUUGUACAGGGAAGAACCAAAAUGAACUGGUAAACAGGACUGUGAGAGUCAAGCAGAUACAGCUGGAGCAAGACAGUGGAAAGAGUCUUCACGAUGAUGCAAGGCACCAGACGCUUGUUGACUUGAACAGAGCAGGAGUUGGCCUCAUGGAGGUUGUCAUGGAGCCCGAUAUGUGCUGUGGGGAAGAGGCAGCCGCUGCAGUGAGAGAGCUUCAGCUUAUCCUUCAAGCUCUUGGGAGCAGCCAAGCAAACAUGGCAGAGGGCCAACUGAGAGUUGAUGCCAACGUAUCUGUCCAUCAUCCAGGACAGCCAUACGGAGUGAGGACUGAAGUAAAGAAUCUCAACAGUGCCCGUUUUCUAGCCAAGGCUAUAGAUUAUGAAAUACAAAGACAAAUUAAUGAGUUGGAGAACGGAGGAACAAUCCUGAAUGAAACUAGGACCUUUGAUUACAAGCUUGGGUGCACCAUAGCAAUGAGAGAUAAAGAAGGACAGCAGGACUACCGGUUCAUGCCAGAACCCAACCUUCCUCCAUUGAUUCUGUACGAUGCUAAAUCGUUGCCCACUCACACGAGCCAUCUUCAAGUGGUGAAUAUUGAUCCGCUUCGGGAAAAGCUUCCUGACCUCCCCAGUGUGAAGCGAGCAAAGCUGGUGGAACGUUAUGGGAUUCAGCCUCAGCACAGUUUCACCCUAUUGAAUGAAGAUGGCUUGGUUGAAUUCUUUGAAACUGUGAUGACAGCUACACAGAUGAAUGCUAAAAAAGUUAUUGGCUGGAUCCUGAAAGAUUUUCUUGGCUACUUGAAACAGCGUAACCUUGUGGUAGAUGAAAGUCCAAUCAGUCCUCUUCUCUUGGCUGAACUUCUGAACCUUCUAGAAAGUGGAACGAUUUCCUCUUCAGCAGCCAAACAAGUGUUGGAAAUAAUGUGGAACAGGGAGGGGAAAUCUCCCACUCUGAUUGCCAAAGAAAAGAAACUUGAACUGAUUCGAGAUCUGAAUGAGCUUGAACAUAUCUGCCUGGGUGUGAUGGAUGGCCAUCAAAAAGAGGUGGCAGAAAUUAACAAGGGAAACAAAAAAGUGCUGAAUAAGCUGAUUGGAGAGGUCCAAAGAGCAACCAGAGGAAGAUCUGACCCAGCCUCUGUGAAACAAAUAUUGGAGAAACAGCUAUUGUUGCAGCCCAGAAAUAAACCCCUUAGUUGA